ACCCUAUUUAAAGACAAGUCUAGCCCACUGCUUUCUCCCAUGCACUUGUCUUCUUCACUCCCAACACCACCACUUGUGUUAUUUUGCUCUCUCUCUCACUCUGUUUCUUCAUCUUCUGCUCUCAUUUUCUUCAUCUUCAAAGCUUACCUUGACUUGUAUCUGACAGUCUCUCCUUUUAAGUUCUCUCACUUCUCCCAUUCUCCUAUCCCUCUUAAGUGUCUCUGACAACAUCUCUCCCUUCCAUUUAUCCUUUUGGAUUCUCUUCAAACACUUCCCAGUUCCCCUCUCUCUGAUUCUUGAAGAUGUCUAGCAGAAGGUCCCGUUCAAGGCAAUCAGGUGGCUCGAGAAUCACAGAUGAUCAGAUCAACGAUCUUGUUUCUAAGUUACAGCAACUUCUUCCAGAGCUUCGUGAGAGGCGCACAGACAAGGUAUCAGCAUCAAAAGUCCUACAAGAGACGUGCAACUACAUUAGGAACUUACACAGAGAAGUGGACGACCUUAGCGAGCGACUAUCGGAGUUAUUGGCCACGACGGACACCAGUAGUGCCCAAGCAGCCAUUAUUAGGAGCUUACUUAUGUAAUAGAGUUAACAAGAACCUCUCUUUCUUUCUUGCUCUUUCCACUUUGCUUCUCCUCUUCCUUCUUCUUGUUCUUUUCUCUAGGGUAUUGUAUGAGGACCAUACAAAGGUUGGGUUGGAUUGUAAGACAUCCUUUUUAGAAGACCUGUAGUAUUUAAGUCAUAUAAUAAAAGACUUGCCUGACUAA